AUGAAGCGCAACGAUUUCCAAAUUGCGGCCUACAACCCCUUUGCCGCUGUGGUACAAUUCCUACGGAAAGAGCUGGGCUGCGUGCCGAGCGAGCCGCUCCACCUCUAUAUCAACGCGUCGUUUGCCCCGUCACCCGACGAGACGCUCGGCAACCUGUUCCGCGCCUACUCCACACAAGACCACCUGAUUGUCAAUUAUAGCACGACGCCUGCCUGGGGCUAG